AAGAACAUUAUCCUAUUUGCAACGGUGUUCAAGAACAUGAAGAAUUUGUUGAUUAUAGUAAUAUGUUUCUGGUCUUCCACGACUGAAGCAAUAUACUUAUUAUACAAAGAUCCAAAACAACCAAUCGGUGAUCGGAUCAAAGACUUAAUGAGCAGGAUGACAUUGGAGGAAAAGAUUGGCCAGAUGACCCAAAUUGAUAGAUCAGUUGCAUCCAAUGAGAUCAUCAACAAGUACAAGAUUGGGAGUGUUUUGAGUGGAGGAGGGAGUGUUCCAGGUAAACAAGCAUCUCCAUUUACAUGGAUUGACAUGGUGAAUGAUUUCCAAAAGGGAGCGUUAUCAACGCGAUUGGGGAUACCGAUGAUUUAUGGGAUUGAUGCUGUCCAUGGUCAUAGUAGUGUUUACAAAGCUACAAUCUUUCCUCAUAAUAUUGGUCUUGGAGUUACCAGGGACCCUGUUCUGGUUAAGAAGAUUGGGGCUGCAACUGCACUUGAAGUUAGAGCCACUGGCAUACAAUAUGCUUUCACACCUUGUAUUGCAGUAUGUAGAGAUCCGAGAUGGGGUCGUUGCUACGAGAGUUAUAGCGAAGAUCCCAAGAUCGUUAAGUUAAUGACCGAGAUCAUACCGGGUUUACAAGGAGAUAUCCCUGCUGGUACAAGAAAGGGUGUUCCUUUUGUAGGUGGACAAGAUAAGGUAGCAGCAUGUGCUAAGCAUUAUGUGGGAGACGGAGGGACCCACAUGGGCAGAAAUGAAGGCGUUACGAUCAUAGACGCCAAAGGGCUCUUAGACAUACACAUGACAGCAUACAAUGAUGCUGUUGUCAAGGGUAUAGCUACGGUUAUGACCUCGUAUUCCAGCUGGAAUGGAGUCAAAAUGCACGCCAGUCGUCGUCUUGUCACUGAUUAUCUCAAGAACAAGCUCAAAUUCAAGGGGUUUGUUAUAUCAGACUGGCAAGGGAUUGACAAGAUCACGACUCCUGAACAUUCUAACUAUACGUAUUCGAUCAUAGCUGGGAUGAAUACAGGCAUUGAUAUGUUCAUGAUUCCAUACAAUUACACCGAGUUCAUCGAUGGUUUAACUUACCUAGUUAAGAAAAAGUUCAUAUACAUGAGCCGCGUAGACGAUGCGGUUAAGAGGAUACUAAGGGUCAAGUUCACCAUGGGUCUGUUUGAAAACCCGUUGGCCGAUUACAGCAUGGCUAAGCACCUCGGAAGCAAGGAGCACAGAGAGCUGGCUAGGGAAGCUGUGAGAAAAACACUUGUUUUAUUGAAGAAGGGUAAAUUUCCGAAGAAGCCAUUGAUACCACUUUCUAAAAAAGCCUCGACGAUACUAGUUGCAGGGUCUCAUGCUGAUAAUCUUGGUUAUCAAUGUGGCGGAUGGACUAUUGAGUGGCAAGGACUUUCAGGAGAUAUUACUGACGGCACCACAAUCUUAUCAGCUGUGAAAAAAAGUGUCGACCCGAAAACUCAAGUGGUCUUCAAUGAGAACCCGAGCGAGAAUUUUGUCAAGUCUUACAACUUUGACUACGCGAUUGUUGUUGUGGGAGAGUUCCCGUAUGCUGAGACAUCUGGAGACAAGAGGAAUCUAACAAUCCCAGAGCCUGGACCAAGCACCAUAAAGAAUGUGUGCAGUUCAGUAAAAUGUGUGGUAGUCUUAAUCAGUGGUCGGCCCGUGGACGUGCAGCCAUAUGUCAAGACCGUAGACGCUCUUGUGGCUGCUUGGCUUCCAGGAUCAGAAGGUCAAGGGGUCACAGAUGUUUUGUUUGGUGACUAUGGUUUUACGGGCAAGCUUGCGCAUACUUGGUUCAAGUCGGUUGACCAGCUCCCGAUGAACUUUGGAGACCAGCAUUAUGACCCGUUGUACCCGUUUGGAUUCGGGCUCACAACUGAGCCUAGGAAGAAUUUGUGAAGAUGAUUAGUUUUGUUGGAUUUUAAGUGAUUUUUUUAUUUUAUUUAUUUGUGGGAAUUUAGUCUUCAUUAAUGUUGUAUGAAUAAAGCAAUUAAUUCCGUAUGUUUGACUAA